UUGGCGCGGCAAAGGCUUAACUUGGGCUCCAAACUGAGAGGUUCAGGAGACGAGGAGGUACGCAAUGUUCCCGAGGCAGGAGGUGCAGAAAAGACAUCAGUGAAAGAGGUAUGGUAAGGAGAUGAUGGAUCUUCGAUUAAACUUGGACCCACAGCUCUUCCCAAUGGCAAAGAGGACAUGAUUCUAUCACCAAGACCGUUCACACCAUGUGGAAUAUGAUGUACUUGAAUGCCAUUAGGUUUUUGUAUUUCCCUAUUUUACUGUAUGACGCAUUCGUCUCCCCCAGUAACAUAUUUGAGAGGUCAGUGGUUCCUAAAGCUGGUUCGUCCCGCUUGGUGGCCAGAAUGGAUGGGGACAUUAUAAUUGGUGCCCUGUUCUCGGUCCACCACCAACCGUCAACAGAGCAGGUAGCGGAGAGGAAAUGCGGUGAGGUUCGGGAACAGUAUGGAAUCCAACGAGUAGAAGCAAUGUUCCACACCUUGGACCGAAUCAACUCCAACCCAAAUCUUCUACCCAACAUCACUCUGGGGUGCGAGAUCAGGGACUCCUGCUGGCACUCCUCAGUGGCUCUGGAGCAGAGUAUUGAGUUCAUUAGAGACUCUCUCAUCUCGAUCCGGGAUGAUGACAACAAGGAUGGUACCUCCAGACAGUGGUGCAUUGAAGGGAUGCCUGCGAGUCAGCCACCCGCCACCAAGAGACCCAUAGCAGGAGUUAUCGGACCUGGGUCAAGCUCAGUGGCUAUUCAAGUUCAGAACCUCCUGCAGCUGUUCAAUAUCCCCCAGAUAGCAUAUUCUGCAACCAGCAUAGAUCUGAGUGACAAAACUCUCUUCAAGUAUUUCCUUAGGGUUGUGCCCUCUGAUACUCUCCAAGCCAGAGCCAUCCUGGACAUUGUGAAACGCUAUAACUGGACAUAUGUCUCAGCAGUCCAUACAGAGGGUAAUUACGGAGAAAGUGGCAUGGAAGCUUUUAAGGAGCUGGCCUCUCAGGAGGGGCUGUGUAUCGCCCAUUCAGACAAGAUCUACAGCAAUGCUGGGGAGAAGCACUUUGACAGGCUGCUGAGGAAGCUGAGAGAGCGCCUGCCCAAGGCCCGGGUGGUCGUCUGCUUCUGCGAGGGCAUGACGGUCCGUGGACUGCUCAUGGCUAUGAGACGACUUGGGGUGGCAGGGGAGUUCCUUCUCAUCGGGAGUGAUGGCUGGGCAGACAGAGAUGAGGUGGUCGAGGGCUAUGAACAGGAGGCUGUGGGCGGUAUCACUGUGAAGCUGCAUUCGGAGGAGGUCACGUCCUUCGAUGACUAUUUCCUGAAGCUCCGCCUCAACACCAACACCAGGAACCCAUGGUUCCCUGAGUUCUGGCAGCACAGGUUCCAGUGCCGCAUCCCAGGGCACCCACUGGAGAACAUGAACUACAGGAAAAACUGCUCAGAGCUCCAAAAUGGUUACGAAAGUCUAGAGGACAACUAUGUCCAGGACAGUAAGAUGGGAUUCGUCAUCAAUGCUAUCUACGCCAUGGCUCAGGGUCUCCAUGACAUGCACAGCCACCUCUGCCCCGGCCAUGUGGGACUAUGCAAAGCCAUGGACCCCAUCGAUGGAAGCCAGCUGUUAGAGUUCCUCAUGAGGACCUCCUUCACUGGGGUGUCUGGAGAAGAUGUGUGGUUUGAUGAAAAUGGGGACACACCUGGCAGGUAUGAAAUAAUGAACCUACAGUAUGUGGAGCCUGGUGCGUUCGACUACAUCAAUGUGGGUUCUUGGCACGAGGGUCAGCUCAGCAUUGAUGACUACAUGAUGCAGAUAAACCGCAGUGACAUGGUCCUCUCCGUCUGCAGCGAGCCCUGCUCCAAGGGAGAGAUCAAGGUGAUCAGGAAGGGAGAGGUGAGCUGUUGCUGGAUCUGUACAGCCUGUAAAGACAACGAGAUUGUUCAGGAUGAGUUUACUUGUACGGCUUGCGACCUGGGCUGGUGGCCGGACCCUGAACUGGAAGGUUGCGAGCCCAUCACCUUGCGGUACCUGGAGUGGGGGAACCCAGAGUCCAUCGUCCAGGUGGUGUUUGCCUGCCUGGGCAUCAUGGUCACCUCCUUUGUCACCUUCAUCUUCGUCCUCUACCGGGACACGCCUGUGGUCAAGUCCUCCAGCCGCGAGCUCUGCUACAUCAUCCUGGCCGGGAUCUUCCUGGGCUACAUCUGCCCCUUCACUCUGAUCGCCAGGCCCACCGUGGCCUCCUGCUACCUGCAGCGCCUCCUGGUGGGCCUCUCAGCCACCAUGUGCUACUCAGCGUUAGUCACCAAGACCAACCGCAUCGCACGCAUCCUGGCUGGCAGCAAGAAGAAGAUCUGUACCAGGAAGCCGCGGUUUAUGAGCGCCUGGGCCCAGUUGGUGAUCGCCGGCCUCCUAGUCAGUGUCCAGCUCACCCUGGAGGUUACUCUGAUCAUCCUGGAGCCGCCUAUGCCCGUCAAGUCCUACCCCAGCAUCAGGGAGGUCUUCCUGAUCUGCAACACAAGCACGGUGGGCAUGGUAGCGCCACUGGGCUACAACGGCCUGCUCAUCAUGAGCUGUACCUACUACGCCUUCAAGACGCGCAACGUUCCGGCUAACUUCAACGAAGCCAAGUACAUCGCCUUCACUAUGUAUACAACUUGUAUAAUCUGGCUGGCGUUUGUGCCCAUCUACUUUGGCUCUAACUAUAAGAUCAUCACCACAUCGUUCUCAGUGAGCCUGAGUGUGACUGUGGCAUUGGGCUGUAUGUUCUCACCAAAGAUCUAUAUCAUCCUCGCCAAGCCGGAGCGGAAUGUGCGCAGCGCGUUCACCACCUCAGAUGUAGUGCGCAUGCACGUUGGCGACGGCAAUAUCGCUUGCCGGAGCAACAGCCUGCUCGACAUGUUCAAACGGAAGAAGAACUCUGAGAAUUCUAAUGGAAAGUCUGUGUCAUGGUCUGAACCAGGUGCAAGACAUCAUGCUCCAAAAGGGGAGCACAAUUGGCAAAGACUGUCUGUGCACGUGAAGAGACAGGAAGCAGGAUGCUCCAAUCAGAUGGCCGUCAUCAGACCCUUAACUAACACCUACCAUAACACAGGCAGCAGCAUGGCCAUGGAGUUCUCUGACCUCAGCACCAAGACUCUGUACAAUGUAGCAGAGGAGGACGAGAGCGACCUAGUCAGAUACAAUCCUCCCCUUAGUCCCCACAUGAUGGCCCAUGGGCAGAUAAUGCCCACCACUGGUGGGCCGAUGAAAGAGGUGGACGAGGAGGUGGUUGAAUAUUACCCUCCUGUUGAGCACAUGCCCCCGCACCUGCCACAGAGCAGAGUGAUCCCCCAGCAGAGAGUCAUUAUGGACCACCUACAGCUACAGGAGGUGGUGGGCAAGUACAACAGUGAUUUCAUCAUACCUGAGCUCAAUGAUAUGGACAUGAUCAUUCCGCCCAGCCCUGUUGGUGGUGGUGAGGGUUUUGGGGGCAGGUCUGGGAGCAGUCAUGGCAGGCCUGUGUACCACCAGGCUCAUCUCAUCCAGCAGCAUGCAGUCUUGCCCCUGCAACUAGACCUUGGCUCAUUCGACGACGAGGAGCACACCUCCCACCUGGAGAUGGGGGAGGAGGAGGAGAUUGAGGAGAUUGAGGAGGAUGUAGUGGUGGAGAACGAGCGGUUUGGCCUCCUCCAUGGAUACAUGUAUGACAACGCCCUGAUUCACGAAGAAGAAGAGGACGACGACCUCGUUCAGCUCAAAUUAGCAACGGAGAAUUCUUUGGCCCUGAUGCCCCCCUCCCCAUUUCGUGAUACAGCGAGCAUGGGGAGCCCCUUUCAUAACGCCUCACCCGUGUCCGAGUCCAUAUUGUGCACCCCUCCAAACUAUGCCUCCGUCAUUCUGAAGGACUACACACAAAGCUCAACGCUGUGAACGAGUACUGUAGAUAUGGUAGAAUAAUAUAGAGCCAUUUUGUAGCUGAUGACUUGUAGCAUAUUAUUUGUGUUCCAUUUAAUGACCAGUAAGAAAUGGUCAAAAUGUCUUGAAUACGUUAUUGAGUGAUUGACUGGACUAUAUUGGUUGACUCAUGAAAUCUAUGAGCAAAAGUGUGUGUUUACAGGGAUGAAAGUGAGCAAAAAAAGCACCGGACACACUUUUAAAAAGGUCUUAUUGUUGUAUAAUAAAUAUCACAAAGAAAAGAUUUAACCUGUUGCAAAAUGUAUUGCCAUGUUUAUGCAAGAGAUGAACAGCUUUGAAGUUGCUCAGUGUCUUAUUAGGAAAGCAAAAAGCUAAGAUAGUCUUCUUCAUGUAGCUUAUUGAAGCUAUUAUAGUCUUCUUCGUGUAGCUUAUUGAAGUCAUGUAAGUAGCAGUUAUUUUAAGGGUACAAUGCAGUGUAAAUUUGACCAUCAUCAGGUAUUACAAUAAUGGUUGUGUUUGUUGCUUGUUUUCAUUAAGGCAAACUUCCACCACUUGAAAGUAGAUUGUUUAUCAUUAUAGACUAUCCAACCUGUAGUUCACAAAAAUGUCUAUAAAUAAUGUUAUGCACUGUGUAGGCCCAUGUUUUCUAAUACAGUUAUAACCUUACAAUGUCAAAUAUCCUAGAUGAAUGUGUUUUGUUGUUUUGCUCAAAAGAAGUAUGUAUUAUUCAGAGAAAAAAAGCACAGAGUUUGUCACAGUCACUUUCUUCAUCAGAUAACUUCAGAAUGAAUAUAUUAUACAGAUACAAUAACUAACUACUGUAAGAAUGUAGCAAGCAAAAACCAGAAGGAUUCAAGUGCCAUGUAUCCGGUAUGCUUCCAUUUACAGAAAAACAUUUUUUUUAAUGUCUCUAAUUUCUAUUGCAAGUCUGUAUAUUUUAUAAACACUCCUUUAAAUCCAUACUUGCAACAGUGUCUAUUAUAAUAUGACUGCCAAAAAUGUAAUUUGUUACUUUUGUGAAUGUACAGUAUGUAGUAGUAUGCAUCCUAUUUUGGUAACGAUUCAGAUUAGUUUUACUAAAAGGAAUUACAACUUUUAUUUUACAAUUUAUAAGUGUGUUGCUUAUAGUGACUUUUGAGUUUGUACAGUAUAAUUCUUACUUUUACCAAUUGUUAUGAUCUCACUAUAUAUAAUGCAAUAAACAAUGGCUAGUAACAUGAAUAGGCUAUUUGAUAGAUAUGCCUUCAUAGGGUCCAAUCAUGUUUUCUGUUUUACAACAUGUAUCAAACACAGUCGUGCAAACAGUCAUUGUCGUUCACAUUAUUGAAGAUAUGUGUUUUGUUAGAAUAAAUAAAAUAUUUGUUUUGCACAUGUA